AAUCACAAUCCUCCGCCUGCCUCAGUCGGAGACUGUACCGCAAGUCUAGUCAUAUCUCCGCAUUUUCCUUCAUAACUGCUUUUUUGCCCCCGCCAUACGAAGUCAGAUUCCUACCACAUCUAUGAAAGCGGUGAACAUUCCGAGUCAGCCAGCCUCUGCGACAUUUACUCCAUCGUCAUUCGAUAGCGGCUCUCCGCGGUCUCAGCGGCGCCCGGGAGGUUCUGGCAGCUUUGGAGCUGGCUUGACAUCUCAGGCUAGGAACUCAGGCUCUCCUAGGCACAAUCAGGCUCUUAGGAGUCAACAUAAACGACAGCGGCGUCCUCGAUUGCUGGAUGAUGAGGAUUAUAGCGAAUCGGCCAUCAUGAGAUCCACGACCAGUCGCAAGGGACAGACGUCCAUCACUCAUCUGAUGAACUUCUCCCUUCCCCCUCGUCCUCAGUACCAUCCUCCACCCCGUAAUACUCGCCGCUAUACGUCUUGGGGUCCAGGUUCCGGCUAUCAUGCCAUGGACAAAUUUCGCUACGUUCAUGCCAACUAUCGUUUUAUCGUGACGCCGAAUCGCAACUACCAUGCACAAGCGGCCAAUGCUGAUGUCCAUCUAGACUGGGACUCAGUUAUGCAGGUCUUGGUUUCAGAGCAGACGCAGUCAGCUAGUUGCCCCAUCUGUUUGUCCACGCCGGUAGCGCCACGGAUGGCUCGUUGUGGUCAUAUAUUCUGCCUUCCUUGUUUGAUUCGCUACAUGCAUUCGAGUGACGAAGAAAAACCGGUUCCUGAGAAGAAGCCACGUUGGAAAAAGUGCCCCAUCUGUUGGGACUCUGUGUACAUUUCGGAAACUCGGCCUGUGCGAUGGUUUCGUGGCCAAGAAGGGGACCUCCCUUUUGAGGGGGGUGAUGUCGUACUAAGGCUAGUGAAAAGAGAGCCUGGAAGCACUUUAGCACUGCCACGGGAUGGAGCUGAGGGGAUUGCGCCAGAUGAGGAUGUCCCGUGGUAUCAUGCUGCGGAGGUGGCUGACUACGCGCGCAUAAUGAAAGGAGGUGAAGACUAUAUGAAAGAACAGUACGACAUUGAAAUUGAUGAGCUCCGCAGGCAGGAGCUUGAGGAUGAGCUUCUAUUUGGGGACGAUACUACUUGGACACGGAAGGCGGUUGCAGCGAUUGCAGAUGCCAAAUCCAAGGUAGAAGGUAUAGGGAAUCCGCCUGAGAUUGUGCGACAGCCCGUCCCAAGCCAGGAGCCAAGAGAACCCGUCGCUGCACACUCACCACCAGAGGAGGUUGCUGCCAUGUAUGCAUCGCAGCAUGCUAUCAAGUCAGGCCAAAGUUCGUCUGCGGAAUCCAUUCCCGCGUCAGAUACUGGGCCUGGUUCGGCCUCCACUCCGGAGACGUCCAAUGAUGUGGAUCGUACAUCUGAAGCUUUGGGCCAGGUUGACUUGAAUACAACUUCUACUUCGAAAAAGAAAAAGAAGGAUCCUGGACACGGCCGAAAUAACAUGCCCUCAAAGCGAGGUCUUACUACCUCUGACCAUGCGUUCUUCUUCUACCAAGCUCUACCACAAUUCUACCUUUCGCCCUUGGACAUCCGCAUCCUGAAAGCUGCAUUUGGUGAUUACUCUUCGUUUCCGGCCACCAUUCUUCCAAGGGUUGAGCGUAUUUCAAGCGGUCAUAUUGUGGACGACGAGCUACGCAAACGUGUCAAGUAUCUCAGCCACUUACCGCAAGGUUGUGAGGUGAAUUUCCUUGAGUGUGACUGGAGAGAUGUAGUUGUACCGGAAGUGCUAGAGACUUUCAAGUCCGAAACUGAAAAGAGGCGGAAGCGCAACAAGGAGAAAGAGGUGCGAGAAGAGAAGGAUCGCAUUCGAGCGGAGAAAGAAGAGGACGAAAAGCGCUGGGCAGCGGCGCGCCGGAAGAGGCCUAGCAUUGGCCCCAUCGAUGAACCUCCCUUCUCCGACCGCGAUUUCCAGCCGUUAUCGGGCUCUGCUGGUGAGCCUUCUGGCUUUGAUAUAGGUUCUUCCUCUGCCUCGCCUCCUCCUUCCUCGAGCCCCCCCGGAUCUCGUACGGUGUGGGGAACCGUGGCCGCUCCGACACUUUCGGCUCCAUCGAGCUCACAAGCCCCUGCCGAUGGUUGGCUGCAGGGCUGGGAAGAGGAGCUGUGGGCCCAGCAAGAAAGGGAGCUUAUGGCUCAAUCGGCUGCUGAGGCGAAUGCUGCGGCCUCUUCCUCUGGCGGGAAAAAGAAAAAGAACAAGAAAAUUACACUUAUGUCGACCAAUAUCCAAAGAGGGGCAUAGAAGGUGCGACUACCCUUGCGUCUUCGUCCACCAGCUCCUGGUGAUCUACUUCAUCGUUUACAAUCUUUUCUAUACGGUACUCUGUGGAUUUUUGUCAACUAUAUCACGAAUAUUAUGUUAUAAUCAUAUGUGGGGGGUUGUUUGCAGAUACAUUCUGGGAAGAGCAUGGGUCAGGAGUCGAACGUGUUUUUAUGAAUUUUGAUGGCCACAUAUGUGUACCAAUUACAACAAAUAGAUAAAAAUGAUAAACAGCUAGAUAGAUGAACCUUUUCUGUUGGGCUCUUCCGGAGUCACGGCGCGUCUUUCCAGAUGGAAGGUGCUAGUAACCUAGCUCUCUUUCCUAAUCAGGACAAU